ACUCCAGACGCCAUGGUUGUCCUCUUAACAAAAUAGCAUGCAGUGAAAACGUUUGGAAAUUAGCGGUCGAUCAUAUUCUUUCUUUAUUCAUUUAACUAAGUCUUCAUUUACUUAAGCUCCUCUACGACAAUGCCUGCAAUUCAAAGCUUAACGAUGACUUACGACGCGCUGAAUGAGUACGGGACGUUUUCGGAGGGAGACGCUGUAACUGGAAAAGUAACAUUGGCGUUGUCAAAGGAGACCACCGUUGAAAGCCUGUUUGUUAAGGCUAAAGGAGACGCUGAUGUGCGUUGGACGAAAAAGAGCGGCGAUCGCACCCACACGUACUCUGCACACAACCGAUAUUUCAAACUGAAGCAGUUUUUAAUCCCAGAGAAUACUAAGGACACUGUAAUUCCCCAAGGAACCCAUGUCUAUGAAUUCAGCUUUAACAUACCACCAGGAAGCAUGCCUUCAUCCUUCAAGGGGAGUCAUGGAAAGAUUGUCUACAAGCUGGAAGCCAAGCUGUCCAGGAGUUGGAGGAUGGACCGUACAGUAGAAAAAGAGAUACAUUUUGUCUCCAAGUCCUUUCCAAACAUUCAAUCUCUGAUGUUACACCAAGCUGGUUCAACAAACAAAGAGAUGGGAUUUUUCUCAAAAGGAAAUGUGCACAUGGAUGUCAUCGUUGACAGGAGGGCUUAUGCCCCAGGUGAAACCAUGGCAAUUGUUGCAAAAAUCAGCAAUUCCUCAUCCAGUGAUAUGACACCCAAAUUCAGUUUAAUCCAGGAUGUGGUGUACCGUGCCAACAGCAAUACCAAACAUGAGGGCAAUGUUGUCCACACAGUGGUUGACCACUGUAUUAAACCCCAAACACAGAAGGAGGUUAAAUGUGCAAUAACGAUUCCUCGUGAUCAGGUGCACACGAUCCAGAAUUGUAACAUUAUCUCAGUGGAAUACCAUUUAAAGGUGUACCUGAACAUCAGCUUUGCUUCCAAUCCAGAGGUCAUGUUCCCUGUGGUAAUUUUUCCUCCUGACUUAGCUCCUGGCCCUCACCCUGGUGUGGCUGUGGGUCCCUAUCCAGCUGGGGCUGUUGUGGGCCCAAGCAACAGCAACUUCCCUCCCCCUGCAGUGUCUAUGGGUCCUUAUCCUGCAUCCCCACAUUCAGGCAGUUAUGGAUACCCAGGAGCCCAAAGGUAUUCAGCACCACCACCUGUGUACCCAGAUAACCCACUGGUGUAUGCUGGUCCACCAGGUGUGUACCCUGCUCAGUCGGCACACGGGAGUGGGGGCUACAAUAACCCAGUGCUACAGCUGGCUUCUCCGUAUGGAUCUCCAUUUUCAUCAUCGUCUACUGUGCUUCACCCUCCGCCUACUGCCCCAACAUUUCACCCACCCCCAUGCGCCCCAGAGAUCCACCCAUUACCCUCUUUUGAACCAUUUAACAUAUCUCCACCUGCUCCCGCAUACAACCUGCUGCCUUCUGCACCAAUGAUGAACACAGACUUCCUGUCUCAAUCGGAUGAAGCUCCUCCAGCUUAUUCAGUCCUUUUCCCGUCUUCUACUACUGAAAAAUCUGAUGCAAAAUAAUAGAAUGUAUGCUUAAUGACUGAAUCAGUUUAUUAAUUAUGAAGUAAAAUGCUAAUAGUUAAAAAUGUGCAAUCCAGUCACCUAAAUAGUGUCUUUAACGCUUUAUUCGUGUUGUUAAAUUAGAAGUGUGCAUUUAAAAUGAAAAAGGCAUAAUGUGCGAUAUUUACUGUUUGCAUGUAAACAAUUGUAUACAAAAAUAUGACUUUUGCAUUGUAUGUGAUAGUUAUUUUCUGGUCAGUUCAGGUUGCUUAUUGGCUUUGUCCAGCUGCAACAGUAUUACUCAAACCUCAGCCAUCAGGGUACACUGUAUUUUAUGUGCCUUGUUCAACUCAAAUGUCCUAGACUGAUCAGUUUUUCAGUGUUAUCGUUUAUACCUACUCUCUCUACCUCACUCUUCUGUUUGGAGGCUAGUUGAAAAAACUGGCCAACAUACACUCUAUCAAGAAAAAAAACUUUUUUUUAUUUAUUUAUUUUUUAUUAAAGCAAUCAACUAAGAGGCCAAAUAUAUAUUUCCCCUGUAUUUUCAAGUCUGGGGAGUUUAACAUGAGACAGCUACUUCUGUCAAUUUAUUGCACAAUACUUUGCAAACCUGAUUUGUUAUACUCACAAAUUGCCUGUGUUUUCUCUGAAUAAAGAACUGUCAGGUAAAGUUU